AUGUCGCCUUUGCUUGAUGAUAUUAAAGGAUUCGACCCAUGUAGUAUUAUUAAUUUAGCCAUGGAUAAGCUUGUCGGUGGAACGACUUUUACUUGUUGGAAAAAGGAUAAAGAUUGUAUCAGCAUUGUGGAAGCAUUGGCUAUUUUAGGACCCCGUUUAAAUAUAGAUAUAGUACCACAGUCAGAAUAUGCAUCUUCUUUGAUGUCAAAUUUUGUGCUAGAAGGCGAAUAUCAUGGAAAGCUCAUUGCUAGAUUAUUAUUGCUUAAAGUGUGGGAUGACAUUUAUAAGAAAUUAAAUACACCCUCCACUAGAAUUCAUAUUCUCGUAUCAUUUACAGGUGCGGAAUUUGGCAAAGCAUAUAUUAAGUUUACACACAUUAUCAGUAUUAUGUAUACACCAAAUAGAAAAGAUCUUUUGGAUGCUCUAAUUCAUGAGUCUCUUAAUGAAGAACCUAGUGAAGAUCGAAUUUCGUACACAUUAAUCCAAGUUAAAAAUUUGACCAAAGAUGUAAAAG